AUGUUGGAAUCGGCGACAAGUUUCCCUCCCGCUCUUGCAGGGGGACCUCGGGGGAACGAGUCUCUUCGGGCGUGGACAACCAGGCUGCAGUCGAGGUUGGCCGACCAGAAACGCGCCGAGCAGGAACGCGCCGAGCAGAGUCUGGCCGAGGAACACGCAAGAUUGGAGCGGGGCGGAACCAAUGUCGCUCCCGAUGAACGCAGUUCCUCGUCUAGGCCUGUCCUCCGUCGGCCGUUUUAUUUUCGAUUUAGAUACACAAACUUUAUUUCUAUACUAAUUUCAAGUUGCUUCCUUUGCAAAGAGGUGAAACGGCUCAUCAGAAAACCGGCCAAUAGCUGUCCCCGCGGUACUGAAUCAACCGACACAGACAAGCUGCGCGAGCUCGACCGGCUGGUAGCAAUGGCCAAGGCUCUUGACGAAGUGGCGGCUGGAGAGGCAAUGCAAUUGCUCUCUCACGCGGUUCCCGUUGUCGGUGGACUUGCGAGCUUCGCAGCCGCAGCUUUGAAGGCCAGGGACCACCGCAUGCAAACUCGACGAGUGGUCAAGCAUCUUCAGCCUUCGACUUACGUUCACAGUCGGCCCACCGGCCUCAACCAACUUUUUGAUGAUUGGCAGAUCACCGACCUGGCAGCUGAUGCGGUUGAGCGCUGUUCGCUGGCGAGAAGAUUGGCCCUACGAAUGACGGAAGGUCUUGCCGCCGGCACCAUCUCCACGACCGACAACUCGGUCGGAGGGCGCGGUUGGAAUCUGGACCUCGGCGCGUUGCCAGACGGUACGAGCGAGGAAGCCGUCAUGGAAUGGUUCACGGAAGAGGUCGCGAACCACGAGGCCAACACCACCGCAAGCAGAGGGACCCCCGCAGAACAGGCUGGGAGGCGGCUUGGGAAACAGCACCUCAAGAAGCUACUGAUGGCAGUGGGACAAGGCCGCCUCCUAGGCACGAACACUACAGAAGAGAAGGUUGAGAAGCUGCUGGAGGUCAUCGCCGGCGGGUCCGGCAGUAGGGUCACUAAACCCCCCCGUGCGGAAGACAAAUCGUUGGUGGAGUAUCCUGCGGUACCAGCUCCAUCCCACGACGGUGACUUGGAUCGGGACGCGGAGUUUGCCGCUCUCAAAGCAAAAUUGGAAGCACUAGAGCUCGCCGAUGAGAGGCGGCAAGCAAAAUUGGAAGCACUAGAGGUCGCUGAAGAGAGGCGGCCAGCAGAGUUUGAGGAAUUGCAGUCUGACAACAAGCAGCUUGCGAUUCCUGCCAGAUAUCGGUUAAGGCCCCAAGUAUAUAACUGAGUAUUGACGUUCAGCAGAUGUAUACAUACCAAUACGACUUCGCUGCUUGCUCCAGUAAUCGUUUUUGUCCUAUGUAUUAGCUUAAGGGUGUGGCUAAGCCUACGAUGUUGAAGCACAAGCAGUACCAGCGACAAACUCGGCCGACGCACCGGUCAUGAAUGCGCGAAAAGUACACUCCAAUCGCAUUUAGGGCCAAGUGGUGAUAAUGAUCCAAGCCACGUCCCCACUUAAGCUCUGGCGUCCCCACUUUAGCUCUGGCGGCAUUGCGGUCGUGCCAAUAAAUGUUGUACGGCAGCUCGAUGGCCUCGGUUUCUUUGCGCUGGCACUCACUGAAUUCCACAUGCCCUGCUUGAUUCCUCGGUGUUCAAUAAAGGCCAGGCCACAUCUCUCUAUUAAUGCCUCGGGUCUCGAUCGGAAAAGAGCACAGAUCUUCUCGGCUGUUUGCCAUGUCUUCGUUCGGGACGAAAGGCAUCGCGAUCAUGAAGAUAGGCUUUGCGAACAUGAUGCUACCCAUAGCCGGCAUCAGAGGGCACUAGACAGCAAAGAACAACAAGCGAACAUGUGAGUUGGCUCGGUCGACGGGUUCUUGGGGGCAUUAACGCGUGUGGCCCUUGGCCCUUGCUCGUUUCCAUUCCGUGCGCAUUUGCUUGCUAGAUAAAGCUACUCAGAAUGGUGGGCUAGGAUCUCGAACUUUCGAUGGUUCCGGAGGCUAGGAAACAAGAACCGUACGGGCACCGGUAGGCGACUAACCUUACGCGUUUUGUGCGUCAAAAAUGAACCCGAGGGACAUUCUUAAUGGUGCGUGUUUAGACUGUUUGAUGACUUUGUGUACUUUCAAGUUUUGGUUUGAGGAGAACACAUAACCGCUUGUUUUCGAAUCUCGUUUGACAACGCCACCAAGUAGGGCUGGUUCUUCGUCCCACAGUGAGAGAUCUAAUCCUUGACCCGGAAAGGACUAUUCCUAUCUGUAAAAUCUUGCGUGCUCAGAAGUCUGGCGGAGUAAAUCGAACGUAUGGUUCCGUUCAAGUCGGCCGUCAUGAGUUGUAGGCAAACACAACAAGCGGACGCUUUCUGGAGGUCUCGCGCGUAGACCAGUUGCUAUGUUUUCUCCUCUGCGCCGCUCGACAACCCCUCUUUCCUCGUCCUGCACAAAGAGCUUACCCCCGUGCACAGCUCAUUUUGCAUCACCUGUUCUCGUGCCGGUCACCGGGCCGCGUGGAAGCGCUAGCUCUGCUGGUGUUUGUUUGCAUGACUUACCAGGGAGUAGUAGGCUUCUCUCGUGUUUGGCUUCGUUUCCUUGGUGGGUAUUUGUAUCGCAAAGCUAGCUAGCUCAGAUAUAUAUCCUCCACUGCGCGGUUCAUUUCCCCACCACAAGCGACGCCGCUGCGGACCAAGGUUUGUUUCUGAACGGGGUGUGUCAAGCACAUGUGUUUGGCCUCAAGACCAGACAGGCAUGGGAGUGUGUGUCACAAAUGGCCAGGUAGAAAAUAUCAGUACACCCCAACCUGGCUCUAGGGGUGCGUACAUGCGUGCGUGCGUGCGGUAUAUCUUUGUGUUGCGUGCGAUGUACCUUCGUGUCGCGGUUGGCGAUCUUCUGUUUUCAUGUUUGCUCCCAAUUGUUGCUCCUGUUGGUUUUUCUUGUAGUUUUCACAUUUUUCGAUGCCCUUGCAUCGGAGAGCAAUCGGCCCGGCCCUUCGAUUUUUGUAAGUUGCUGUUUCUGUUUUUCUGUGUUAUUGUUGAAAUCGUUUUCCGCGUCGUCCUUGUUUGGUUUUGUGUCGUUGUUUGGAUUUCUUGCGCAUUUUUUUUUCCUUGUUUAGCGUCAGAGGCUGUGGAGAAAGUUUGACUCAAGACCUUGUUAUUAUGGAGUGAACAGCAGGGCAAGCAAGCCCUGCACACAUGAAGAGGGUCCGCCCUUCCAGUAACGUAUACCAACCUUACGUACGAACGACCACAUUUGGCGAAGAAGGUAAAGACCCUACCCGCCGAGCACAGAAUAGGUGAUUCUGCAACGUGACGUUGACUCCUCCGCAGCAAGCUCGGCCGAUCACAAGCGCGAUUCUUUUCACAUGGACAGUCCAGCGAAGAAUGUCCGGGAUGCAGGCGGGAAGUGCCAGAUUAGGGCGUACUCUGCGGUGGUGUAACGCUCGAGGCGUGCGACCGCACAGCCCCUCGACGGGUAGGUGGUGGAGGAAAGACUUUCCUGGCGGACACUGCCACGAGGAGACGUCAAUUGGGGUUCUUGCGCGGGCUACGCGAAGGGUUGAUGGUAGCGUCUUGAAUUGAGGGGGAGUCUAAUCCCU